GUUGCGUUCUGCUUUCUGCUAGGCUUUGCGCUCUCGCCAUCUUUUUCCCCGUCAUCAAUUAUGGUGGAGGAGCAACAAGUGUUCUGAUAAAUUCGUUGAAACUGGACACGUGAAACGUUCAAACUUGGAUUUUGGUGCAUGUACUUUAUAAACAAACCUACCAGGAACGGUUCGAUGUAUAAUUUGAGUGUAUACCCUCUACUUGCUGGGCAAAAACAUUGUUCGAAAAGUGAUGUUCGGAGGGGGCUUGACCAACAAGCCAGUGCCGCUUUUUAUCUUUCUGAAGUUGUACCAUGAAGAAAAACCCCCAGCAGCUACCGAGAAAAAUAGGAAAAACAAAUGCUGUGCGUAAGAGCUUUUUAAAUAAUCGUCGCGAUAUCGAGAACGCUAAUGACUUGUCCCAGUGUGUGUUUCUUGGUGUUUUGAGACUGAAACCAGUGCCUUCGACCCUUUCGAGGUCCAGCUUACCUUCAGGUAGUACCUCUUCUAUUUCUCAUAGGCUUAGGAGACAUACACGUAGUAACCUUGCUAAGGAAAACAGUAAGAAAGCUACUAAAGUCAUCAGUGGGAAAGUGACAAAGAAAAAUCGUGAUAAAGUUAGGGCUUGCAUCAAGAAAAAUCCCUUAGGAACUUCUAAAGUACUGAGAAUAUGCUUAGCAAUGAUGAAUCCACUAAAAACUGAAUCAUCUGAAGCUACAAGUUUUGGGGCAUCUUCGCCUACUUUUAAUCCUGUAGAUAAUCUUUUUAAAAAGCUUAAACAACAAAUGAAUCAAACAGAAUCCGCUGACUCCCUAGAUGUUUCAAUGUUUUCGUCAUCAGUAGCUAAAAUGAAUGCUUCACAACAGGUAACACUCAAUAAUGUUGAGCCUAAAAAAAAAUCUGACAAUCUAACAAACUCUACCGAUAACACGGAUGAUAUUAUCUGGAUCAGUGACUCUGGAGCUACAGGUCAUCAUACUCAAUCAUCGAAUGAUGAUAUAAUUUUUGUAGAAGACUCAACCGUAAGUAAGACUCCUCCAGAGCAUACUUAUAAGGGCCCAGCAUCUAUAAGCAAAAAAAUACUUACACAGGACUCAAAAUCCAUCACAAUUGAGAAACCUGAUUUAAGUCAAGCUUCUGUGACAGCUACUUCUACAAAGCAGGCUCCGGCACUUGCUCAAACAGAUGAAAUUUAUGUAGUUGAUGAUCAUGACUCUUCCAGUGAAUGUUCUUCGCAAAACAAAUCUGAUAGUAAGCAAAAAGAGAAAACAAAUAAGUCCAGAAGGAGUCGAUUAAUUCCAACUGAAAUUCCAUUAAAAUAUGUCAAUGCACCAAGACUUCUAAGAUCAGAGCUGUACCAGAAGGCUGAUCAGAAGAGAUCUGCAAGUCUAGAAGCCAGGGAUCGAACAAAAGAAAAAUCCAAACCUGUCAGGUCUGAGAAAGUAACUUUUACUAUUAUUAAGUCUAGCAGUGAGCACAAUUUAAACCAGAAGUCAAGACCUGAAUUUGUUGUGAAAAAACAGAAGUCACAAGAUGAGCCAACUAUGGAAGCAAGUGUAAAAGAAAAAAGAAAAUCUGCAUCUUUAUCUCUGAAGAACACAAAUGCUCAGGAAAGUGGCAGUAGCGAUCAGUGGGAGAUAACAAGCUCAACACAGUCAAAUGAGCAGGUUGUGAAUGUCACAGGUACCAGCCAGAAAUCUACUAUACAGGGAAAUCAACCAAUUAGUUUAAAAUUGAAGCUAACAAAAACUACUAGAGGUGCUGUAGCAUCUACAAAACCUUCCCCUUCAAAGGAACUGACUACUGAUGAUGUUAUUUUUGUUGAUGACACCAAACAGAAUACAUCAUCAGAAAAAUCAGCUGCUAUUAUCCAGAAAACAGCUUGUAAUGAAGCAAAAGUAGUGACAAAUACUCAGAAUCUACCAAAAAAAAUUAUGAAAACCUCACAACCUGAGACAAGAAUCAGUAAAAAUAAAAAUUCUCCUGCAAUUCCUCCACUGAAGCCUAUAACCAUAGUAACACGAAAAGAUGAAAUUACAACAGCUGUUACUCCAAAUAAUGCUAACCAAACGGAUAUAAUCAUUAUAGAAGAUGCUCAUGAUAUAGAUCCAAAUGUGCCAGUUCCAGCAAGAAUUUCAAAGUCUAAGAGCCCUGAAAGCAAAAUUAUCACAAAGGCAAUUUCCAUUGUUGAAACUGUUCCUCGAGUGCUGAGAUCAGAAGUUCCUGCAAAAACUUCCAACAUUGAUGUCCCAAAAAAACCAUUGGAUUCAACAGUUCAAGAUGAACUUCUUGCUGCAAUGCAAGAGGCAUUUGUUGGCAAUACUUCUUCAGAAGAAAAUGUUCUUCCUAGAGUGCUAAGAUCCAGUGUAUCUCCAGAAACAUUAAAUAAUAAUAAUCAACCUGAAGAAAAUAAUAAGGCUAUUUUUAAGAAAUUACCUGAAAUUGUAACAAAACCUCUAGAAGUCAUUCCGCUUGGUAGAGUGCUCAGAUCAGAUGCAUCCAAAACUGUGAGCAUUGAAGUAUGUGAUGAAAAACAAACAAGUUUUGUAGAAAAAAUGGAAGAUCGAUCAGCUAUAAAUGAAAAACCUCCAAAUACACUGAAAUCAACUGCAAAAGAUUUUGAAAAAGCUGAAAAAAGCAAAUCUGUGCUGCCAGCUGUUGUAAUUGAAACAGUAGGAGAUCAAUCAGCCACAAAUAAACCUCAUGAAGCAUCUACUCCUGGUAGAGUGCUCAGGUCAGAGGCAUCCAAAACUGUGACUGUUGAAUUACAUAAUGGGAAACAAGCAACUUUGCCAGAAAAAAUGGAGGAUCAACCAUCUGUAAAUGAAAAACUUCCAACUACACUGAAAUCAGAUUUUGAAAAAACUGGAAAAGCCAAAGUCAUUGUUGUACCAACUGUUGUGAUUGGAGAAAAAAUAGCCUUAAAAUCAGAAGUGCCAAAACAAACAGAAACAUCACAGACACAGGUGACUAAAGUUGCAGAUAAUCAAAAUGCAUCUGAAAAAAGUGUAUGUACAUUGAGGUCUUUACCACCACAUAAAUCUGCAUCACCAAAGUCAAAUGAAAAACUAGCAGAAGUCUCAAAUCAAUCUGUUGAGGCAAAUCAAUCAAAGAUAUCACCACAAGAUACACCAAGUGGACCUUCACCAGUUACUACAACUAGGACCUUACGGUCUACUGGUGAGCAACUACAGCCCGAUACUGUUUACAAGAGCAAAGAAAAUUUGACAGAAAAACAAGCAACAUAUGCAGAAAAACUUCAAGAUGAACCAAAACAACAGGUAGAAAAUCUACCAUCUAGAAGCCUCAGGUCAGAUGUUAGUUCUCAGAAUAUACCAAAUAGUCCCCCACCCCAGAGAAAAACAAAGAAACCUAAAGAGCAGCAAGAUAAAAUAGAAUCAGUUCAAAAUAGCACUCCAGCAAAAACCAGAAAAGAUAAGAAACCUACAAAACACAAAAAUGUCUUACCUCUUGCUCUGAGAAGAUUAUUUAUGGAUAGUGGAGUCUCAAGAAAAUCCAUGUCAAUGCCUGAAACAAGUGUAAUAAAUGUGGAUGAUCCUGAGUCAAAUAAGGAAAAUUUAAUGUCCAAGGUAAAAAAUGUGGUGCGAAGGUAUAUAGGACCUAAAGCCAAAAAAGAUCAGGCGAAACAAAAGUUGCUUUCCAGAGCAAAUCAAAUUCUUUACAAGACCAACAAGAAGGCGUUGAAACAAAAGAAAACUCACAAAAAAGAAAACAGAAAAUCUCAGGUGAAGAAAUUAAGUUUAACCCCACCUAAAAAGAAUGUUCAGCAGAAAAAAAUAGGUGGUACACCACCAAAGAAGCGUAAAAAUACAGAUAAAGUUAAGUUAGGAAAGAUUAUCAAACUGAAGAUUAACAAAAAAGAAAAGCAUGCUAAGAAUGUUAAGAUAAAAACAAAUAAAUCUGUAAAGUCACAAGGAAAAAUAUAUAAAGAAGAUGUAAGUCCUCAAAAUGUGGAAAAUAAUUUGAAUGGUGUUCAAAAUUAUAAAAAAACAAGAAUGCUAUCUUCUGCUAAAGAAUUGCAAGUACCUGUUUCUCAAACAAACGUGAAAUCUGCUUCCAAAGAUAAAGUUCAAUCAAAGAGUAAGAAACUAGAUAACAAACAACCAAAGUCAAAUUCUUCUGAUAGAAAGAACAAGGGAGAAAAUAAUAAAAAGGCAGGCAAUGAAGUUGUGGCUCAUAGUAAGACAACUGAGAAAGUGAUAAAGAAAGCUGAAAAAAGGAAGAGGAAAGAAAAAUUAUCAUCAGUGAAGAAGAUGAAAUUAGCAAAUGAAAAAGAAUUUGUGAACACAACAAAGAAGCUAGUUGCUAGCAAGAAGGUUGCAAAUAAAAAAGGUAAGGUCAAAAAGAACCAGGUAAAUGUUCAAGUCGAGGUUCAAGUUCAUGCUGAAAAUACAUCUUCUACAGCAAACUCUGACACUAUAAAAGGUAAAAAGAAAAAAGGUUCUACUAAAAAAAGUGAAAAAACAGACAAAGAUUCGAAAAAAAGUACUUCAGUUGUGUCUAAGUUGAGAUCAUCACUAAGAAGGAGCAAGGCAAAUCAACAGAUUUCUGAAAAUGUGAAGCCAGAAGUCCAGAUGUCAACCACUGAAGAGGUUGAAGUAAUUGACAACAAAACACCAGAAGUUGUUCCUGAAACUGUCUCAAAAGUAGCUCAAAAAUCUGUACCAUUAGCUAAAACAUCAGCUGAAUCGGUUCAACAAAGUACUGCAGUUCCAAAAAGGAGGUCAAAAAGAACAUGUGUCGAGAAACAAGCGGAGCAAGCAAGUGUCAAAAAGAACAAGAAAGUAUGUGACAUCCAACAGCAUAUAAUUGUAGCAAGUUGUGACAGUUCAGUGAAUACCACAAUCAGUCUACCUCCUGGUACAUCAAUAGAACCUAUUGUGAUUGAGGAUGUUGAUGUGAAGAAAGAGGUUUCUUCCAGAACAAAUGAAUCUACUAACAAUAAUCUACCAGCAAAGUCAAGUCUGUCUGUAUUUGACUUCAAUGAAUCAGAUAUGGAACUUAACACUCCACCCUUGCUGACAUUGCAAACAACUCGUGAGGAGAUUAAAGAAAAACAUUUGCAUCCUAAAGAGCGGGCUCAUGAUGUCACUUACAUUAUACCUGAACAGAGUCCAGCCAAUACUACAUAUACAUUGCCAAAUAACUCACCCCAAGACCUUAAUAAGACUUACACAACUCUGAAUCCUGUGCCAAAUGCAUCUAACAAAGAUGCUUUAAGUGCUUUAAAUACCAGCACACCAGUUGCAGAGCCUGGAAACCGUAUCUCCUCUCCCACUCAAAUGUCAACACCAAAAAUGCCAACAUCCACAAACGUGCCUAAGGGUCCCAAGUUAUAUUCUAAAAUAUCAUCAGAAGAAUUAGUAAAAAAGAGAAUUGAAAGAGCAGAGCGACUCAAAACUCAAAUGGCCCAAAGUGGUAUUGACUUGACUGUUAAUCCGGAUCCUAGCCCAAUACAAAAUAAUCAGAUACAAGUAAGAAGACCGUCCCAGAUAUGUGAUCCGUCGAAGCUCAAACGAAAUUUACCAGCUUCGUCCAAUGCGGUCGGGGCUACCAGUAGUUCUGUUUUAAUAAAACCUGAUAAAGUUAGUCCGGCGACACCUAACUCUUCAACCUUUGAGGACAUCUUUAACUCCUCUGUCAAGUCACCCAAGAAGUCACCUCUGAAGCAACCUACAAUCCUGGACAUGUUUGCGAAAAUGAAACAGAAGAACAUCAUGAAAGCAAUCUUCUCCCCCCAACCCAAGCCUGUUUUUCAAGAAUCUGAAACGCAGGAAUCCCGAACAAAUCCUCAGCAACAAGAAGAAUCCACUAUUUCUAUGCUCAAUCGGAUCCCCAAGGAGGUUUCUGUAACCUCAGAAGUGACUACAAUGAAAGAAAGUGACAGCUCCGAUAUGCCGCCUCCAAAACUGACAGCUUAUGGCGAAGACGAGGAUAGCGAUGGAGAAAGCCGAAUGGAAUGGGUGCCUGAAGAAUACGCCGAGUAUAAAUUCAAGUACACCGCUAAAAAGGUGAUGAGUUACAAACCCAUCUUCAAGUGCAAGGUGUGUCUCCAGAUGUUCCCAUCUUACUACAAAUUGAACAAGCAUAAGAGACAGCAUGUACAGACUGACAAUCCAUACAAAUGUCAACAGUGCGAGACAUCAUUCAAUAGCGUUGCUGAUUUGACAGCUCAUAUUCGAGUUCAUAAGGGGAAACACCCAUAUACUUGCAAAAAAUGUGAUACAGGACUUUGGACUAAAGAAGAACUAGACGAGCAUUUAGCUCUUCAUAAUCUGAAAAAAAUUAAACAACCAGAUAAGAAAUUCCGUUGCGAUGUUUGUUUGAAGGAAUUUGGGCGGUUGUAUGAAGUGGAGAGACACAUCAGAGUACACACAGGUGAGAAGCCCUUCAUCUGCAACAUUUGCAACAAGGGCUACCAACAGCGCCACAACCUCAGCAAACACCUGUUGAUCCACCUGGAUGUGCGACCCUUCAACUGCGAAAUUUGCGGGAAGACCUUCGGUAGAGUUGACGUCCUGGAGAGACACGUGCUGACACACUCGGUGGAAAAACCUGUCAAAUGUCCGCAUUGCAAUAAGGACUUCAUUCGGCAUAUGCAGCUGAAGAAUCACAUGAAGAAACGGCAUAAGGAGUUUUAUGAUGAGGCUACUGUCGAUGGAGUAGCAGUGCAACUCAAAGAUGAAUCGGCUGAUAAUUCUGCUGCACCUGUGACUAAUGAAACGGUGACUACUAGGGAGCCUGCAACUACUGAGACUGCUGCUUGAACAAUAAUGUGAAAUAUUUUUAUUCCUAAUCUCAAAAAAGUAUGUACCUUUUUGUCUUCCGCCUCCCGCUAGGAAGAAACAUUUCCUGAAAAUUAAAUUGCCUUAGUUACAGGACUAUCCGUUUGAACAGCUGUUGUUUUUUCUCGGGUAUGUCAUGUUUCAAAUCACUUUUUUCGAUAUUCGUAUAUUCCAUGCAAACAUUUCUAUAUAAUACGAAAUUGUGAAGGACUGAAUUUAAGUUUUAAAAACGUGAGAAUCUAUCAGAUAUUACUGCAAAGUAUGCUUCCAAAUUUUAUUAAGAUCAUGGCUGUGUAGUUUUUGACACCCUGGUCACUUCGAUUUUUAAAUUUUAAUAAUGUUAAUGAUUUCCGAUAAGUGUAGUUUUCGGGACAUAAUUUAUAACACGUUACGGAAAGAUAUUUCGAAGGUGCUACUUUACAUUUACAAUCGUGUGACAAGAAUUUACUAUUUUGUGACAUUUUAUACAGUUACCUGAUGUGUUUUGGGGUCAAUUGUAAAUUGAAGUGAUUGAAGAAAAUAAUAAAAAGUCGAGUAUUUUUUUAUCAAAUAAAAUAUGAAAUUAUGUGAUACACAGAAUAUUUUAGUUAUGCAUUGCCAAAAAUAUUGUAACUCUUGGACUCAGAAAUUGAGUAUUAAGAAAAUGUCAGAUUGUUCUUGGAAGCACACUUAGGGAGGCGAGCAUCGACCGAAAGAAUUCAUGAGGAUAAUUUUAGUUGUUCUGUAGUCAAAAAUAUAACCCCAUCAGUCGUAUACAGAACACCUGAAGUCACCAAUUGCAUAAGUGUUUAACAUCAUAUAAAUUUAGUUUUAAAUGGUUGGUGCUCGCCACCCUUAAGGAGAUGCCCGCCAAAGUUUGCUCUCGUCUAGAUAUUCUACUGUACAUUGACAUUCUAUUUAUUUGUCAUUGAAUCCGACUUGUUAAUAUACAUAUAUAUUUACUGGAUUGUUGUGAAUAAAAAUGUAUAUAUUUAUUUUUAAAAGAUGCAUGCAUUAUUUUAUAGCCGUUUUACAGUUAGCGUAAGACCUUAGUAUUAAACAGAUUAUAUUUAACGUUCAUAAUGUGGUGAAAGAUCCCGUUAAAUUGUAAGUAAAAUCUAUUUUUAAAGCUGUAUAGGAUAAUGAUGUGCCUUCAAAAAGUGCUUUUGAGCUGAUGCAAAGACUUUAUUUUAUCAUACUCUAUGAAUAUAUAAUAUACUGAUAGAAUAUUCUUACAAAGAUAUGUCUUAUAGUAUAUUUGACGUAGGAGUACGACUUUGAAUAGACAUGCAGUGGUGGUCAAAAAAUAAGAGUGCACAUUUUGAAACCAAUAAUAUAAUUAACCAUCAUAUAUUUAUGCCAGUUAAGCAAUCUAUAAUAUUAUAAAAAUUAAGAAUAUUGUUUGCUCUUUUAAAAUACAAUGAACAAUAUAAUAUUAAUAAAGACUUGAAAAAUAAAAGUUAGCAAUUAAGAUUUUGUGAAAAUACAAGUGGUCAAACGAUAAGAGUAAAUUUAAACAAUAGAUAAAAUAGACAAAACAAUGCAUUUAAAUAACAUAUUUUUAUUUCUGAUUAACGAGUAUUUUUAGUACUUUAUAGUGUAACCCUUGUUCUUCAGGACAGCAUCACAUCUGCUUGGCAUUGAGUCAAUAAGUUUGUGGGGUUUCCGGAUGUAUUGAAGACCAUGUUUUUUAACUUCUUCCCAAAAUAACUUUUGGUUUGUUGUCUUUUUGUGUGAUAUUCGAUGAUUCAAUUCCUUAAAAAGAUUAUCUAUCGGAUUCAAGUCGGGUGACUGUGGAGGCCACGGUAAACUUCAAUUUUCUUCGUCUCGAACCACUGUUUUACUACCUUUGCUGGAUGCUUGAGAUCAUUGUUCUGUUGGUAGAUCCAACGUAGUGACAGAUUUUCCUCAGCAUAAGGCAGCAUAACAUUCUCCAUGAUUUGUAAAUAAAUAUCCUUUGUCAUAUUUUCUUUUAUCCAAAAAAUAGGUCCAACGCCGGAAUAUGAAAAGCAAUAUUUUAAAGUUUCCUCCCCCAUGCUUAAUCGUUCUUAUUGUGUAGUGCGGAUUCAGUUCACUAUUUGGACCUCUACUUGCGUAAAUCCUGCCAUCAGAUCCAAACAAAUUUAUUUUUGUUUCAUCACUAAAAAGGACAUUUAUCAAAUUGCGACUGUAGGUGUCGUUUAGAUGAUUCCUUGCAAACUCCACUCAUUGAGUAUGUAUAUGCUUUUUAGAUAAAAGGGGAGCUCUUCUGGCAACUCUGCCAUGAAGAUUCAUUUCUUGCAAACAUCUUAUUGUUCUAGUGCUAAUAGAUAAGCCCAACUGACCUUUUAUAAAGAACGAAUUAGAAAAUGGAUCCCUAACAGCUUCACGGGCUAUCCUUUUAUCGAUACGUGGCGUUGUUUUUCUUGGACGACCUCUUCUUUCUGGUUGUUUCUCAUCAGUUUGUUGUUCUUUUAGUACUUUAGCUAUCACACAAGGGGAUUUCUUAAGUACACUCGAAAUAAAUGCGUAGGUUUUGGUUUGACUACACAUUUGUAAUAUUAAACGCCGUUCUUCUGACGUACAAUGUUUCGCGCGAUCCAUGUUGCAAAGAAAGGACCGUCAAUAAACUCUGCAAAUACUAAGCAUAGAAAAACUGGCUAUAAUAGCAAAAACAUUUAAUAUGCUCUUAUUUUUUUGUCCACAAAAUUUCCGAUACCUGUUAAAACUGAAUGGCCUUGACAUUCCAUAUGUGUACUUUAUCAGCAUGUAAAGCAUAAAUCUUUAUCUUGUACAAUGUACUAUCCAAGAAAAAAAUUACUUUGCCUGGUUUUUACAUAACAAUUUAGAUAUUUUUCUUUUACACUCUUAUUUUUUUGACCACCACUAUGAGUAUGCAAGUAUUGCCUAAAGUUAAAUGGCAAUGGACUGGUACGAUUGAUUCGACAAUUUUCAUGGCCACAAUUAACAUUAGCGGGUGAAACUGUUUAUAUCAUGGACAUUGUUCAUUGUCUCAUUAUGUAUUCUUUUUCACAAUCUGUUUGUCAACGAGUGAUAAUCUGACUAAAAAAAUGUCCCAUUUGUAAUGAUGAGUCCGUUGAUAUUGUUUAUAAUUUUAGAAGUGUGAUACAGUUAUAAAAUGUAUUAAAGGUGGGAUAUUAAUCUUUAAUUUCAUUACUUUGGUAUCGUAUGGUGAUUACAUUGUAAUCAAUGUAUAAGUCGAAUGUUUGAUAAUGUUUUUUCAAUUCUUAUGUUUGUAUAUAGAGGGUAUUCUUUUUAUGACAUUAAGCGCCGUAUCGUCAGUCGUUCCUACAAUUGUAGGACGCCUUUAUGGCCUUCUUGAUUUUCAUAGUUUUCUACUGUUCCGUGUCAGCGCUCUAUUUUGAGGUUGUGAUACAAAUAUCCAUUUGCAUCAAAUUGUUCAAGCUUUUGAGUUAUAUCAUCUGUUAUAUAGCCUGAAAUUUCCGUCGAUUCAAAAAGAAAACAUAGCCUCACAAUAGGAGAGUGCUGACGGUGACACGGAAUAGUAGAAAUCUAGAAACACCUCAGCCUUUCUGAAUGAGAGAAAAUACUAUUGUGAAAUUAUGUUCUCAGAAGCAAAUAGGUAUUUAUGACAUAACUUCAAAAUAGAGCGCUGACACGAAACAGCAGAAAGCUAUGAAAAUCAAGGAGGCCAUAAAGGCGUCCUACAAUAAUUGUUGUAGGAACGACUGACGAUACGGCCCUUUUAUUUGGUAUUUAACAGCACUAUAUUGAGAGCACGCUCAUAGUUCGAAAUCUCAUGAUCAUUUUACGUUAUCAAAAACGUACUACAAAUGGAUUGAAAAUGUGUAAACAUAAUGGUCAUAGAGGUCAGUAAUAUGACAUUGGAAUUAACUUCAAGGGUAGACGUUUUGUUGGAAUCAUACCCCAGGUGUGUGAAGGGGUAGCGCAUAUCAAAAAUGAGUAGUGCAUGACACCCUAGCACAGCAGACAGAUACAGGUCCAGAAUACUGCUAAGUUAAUUCCAGUAACUGUACCGCACAGUUACAGAAAUCGAAUAUGGUAUGAAGAUCCGGACUAAUUUGAUUUUAACAGGAAGUUUUUGUUUUAUGUAGAACAGCAUAGAUCUCUUGUAUGUCUUCAAGUGUAUUUUAUAGGAAGUGCAGUUGAAGUGCCUUCUUUUUUAAUAUAGUGCCUUCUAAGCAAUAAUCCAAUAAUCUUUGUUAUUUAUGUUAGAUAUUCUGCUUAUUAGACAUGCUGGAGUGGAUUGUGUUUAUUUAUAUCUUUUUAGUCCAUAUAUCUUUGGUAAGACUGUAUUACUCACUUUUUUGUGCUGUUUUGC